AUGGCUGACCGGCAGAAUACCACCGCUGUGCGCCCCGCCUAUGAUGCCAUCUCGACCAGCCCUCCAGAUCAACAACAACAUCAACACCAUCACCAACCCUGCGCCUUCAAUCCUACCCUCACCAUGUCCCUCGCCCUCCCAGAAGCCCUCGCCAAACUCCCUCGCCACCCCCUCUCCUACCCGCAUCCCUCCCCCAUCCACGCCCUCCCCAAUCUCUCCACGCACCUCCACCACCGCACAUCCCCCAGCCCCAAGAUCACCCUAUACACCAAACGCGAAGACCACUCCUCCCCGCUCGCCUGCGCCGGCAACAAAUACCGCAAACUUGAAUACCUCAUCCCGGACAUCCUCAGCGCGACCCCCCAGCACAACGACCCAAAUUACCCCGGCAAACCGACCACGCUGGUCACGGAAGGCGCCGUGCAGAGCAACCACACGAUCCAAGUGGCCACUGUCGCCAAACACUUAGGUCUCGACGCGGUUGCGAUCCUCCACAAAGGCACGGGCGGCGGUCUCUCCGCGUCGCGCGACAAAGAUACGUUCCUGCGCGCCGGGAACCCGCAGAUUUUGCGGCUGCUCGGCGCCGAUGUGCGCGUGCUGGAGCCCGGGUCGACGGCGGGCGGCACGCGCGACCCGGUCAAGGAGGUUAUGGACGCGGUGAAGGCGAGCGGGCGCGUGCCGUACUGGAUUUCCUCCGGGGCGAGUCUGCAUCCGCUCGGCGGGGUGGGGUAUGCGCGGUGUGCGUUUGAGAUUGCCGCGCAGGAGAAGGAGGUGCUUGGUGCCGGGCGAUUCAAUUAUGUGUUUGUUGCGUGUGGCAGUGGGAGUACGGUUGGAGGGUUGAUUGCUGGGUUUAAGAUGCUGGAGAAGAUGGAGGGGCCGCGUGUGCCUCCGCGGAAAGUGGUCGGGGUGGUGAUUUCGCCGACCAAGCCGCGCGAGUGGCAUGAGGGACGAGUGCUGGAAUUUGCGCGCCGUGCGGGCAGGUUGAUUGGGAUGGAGAAUGUGGAGAGGGAGAUUACGGUGGAUGAUGUGCGACUGGACUUUCGGUUCGUAGGGACGGCGUACGGCGUGUUGGAUUCGGAGGCGAAGGAGGCGCUGCGUUUGAUGGCGCAGCAGGAUGGAGUUAUCCUGGACCCCGUCUAUACGGCCAAGGUCGCCCGGGGUAUGAUGCAUUUGGUGCAGCAGGGGGAGAUUGCUCCUGCUGUUGAAGGACAUCAUGAAGUCAAUACCCUUUUCAUCCAUACUGGUGGUCAAGCUGCCCUCAGCGCUUACGCGGAUAUAGACUAG